AUGAUUUGCGAUCUUGGGCAAGAGGGGUUUCAACAGGCACAUACAACCUUGUAUGACAACAUAGAAAUUGAUUCCAAGAAGCCUUUGUAUGCUGGCUGCACAUCUUUCACCAAGCUGUCUGCUGUGUUAGCUUUGGUUAACUUGAAGGCACGAUUUGGGUGGAGUGACAAGAGUUUCAGUGAGAUGCUGAUAUUGCUGAAAAACAUUCUUCCUGCAGAUAACGUUUUGCCAAAGAAUCACUACGAAGCAAAUAAGAUUUUAUGUCCAGUUGGGAUGUACAAAUUGAAGAACGGGGAUUCUAGUGUACAUCCAAAUGCCGGCAACCCGCGUCCAGCAAAGGUGUGUUGGUAUCUCCCAAUAAUACCAAGGUUGAAGCGGCUGUUUGCUAAUGGCGAAGAUGCAAAAAACCUUACAUGGCAUGCAGAUAGCAGAAAAUCAGAUGGAUUGUUACGACAUCCUGCAGAUAGUCCGCAAUGGAAGGCAAUUGAUUGUUUGUAUUUUGACUUUGGGGCCGAGCCUAGAAAUUUAAGGCUUGGGCUUGCAACGGGCGGAAUGAACCCAUAUGGAAACUUAAGCAUGCGGCCCGUUUUAUUGUUCAUUUAUAAUCUCCCUUCGUGGUUGUGCAUGAAGCGAAAGUAUGUAAUGCUGAGUAUGAUGAUACCUGGUCCAAGACAGCCAGGUAAUGAUAUUGACGUAUAUCUAAGACCCUUAAUUGACGAUUUGCGGAAAUUGUGGGAAGAAGGGGUUAAUGUAUGGGACGCAAAUCUGCAACCGUCUUUUUUGUUGCGUGCCAUGGUUUUUUGUACCAUAAAUGACUUUCUAGCCUACGGGAACUUAAGUGGAUAUAGUGUCAAAGGAUAUCACGCAUGUCCUAUAUGUGAGCAGAAUACUAGUUUCCGCCAACUUAAACAUGGAAAGAAGAUUGUAUAUACUAGGCACCGUAGAUUUCUCAAACCUUAUCAUCCGUAUCGACGAUUGAAGAAGGCAUUUGAUGGAAGUCAGGAACAUGAAACAGCGCCAAAUCCAUUAAGUGGGGAUGAAGUUUAUGACCGGGUGAAGGAUGUCUUGGUUGGCUUGAAAUCGCAUGAUUGUCAUGUGUUAAUGCAACAACUUUUGCCUGUGGCAAUUCGCGGGACGUUGCCUGAAAAGGUCUGUGUUGCAAUUACUCGCCUCUGUUUCAUAUUUAAUGCUAUAUGUGCGAAGGUCAUUGACCCUAAACAGUUAGAUGAUUUGAAAAAUGAGGUUUCUAUGGUCCUUUGUCAAAUGGAGAUGUAUUUCCUUCCUUCAUUUUAUGACAUAAUGGUACACUUAGUUGUUCAUCUGGUAAGGGAAAUACGGUGUUGUGGUCCUGUGUUUUUAAGAUGGAUGUAUCCAGUGGAGCGAUACAUGAAGGUCUUAAAAGGUUAUACCAAGAAUCAAUAUCGACCAGAGGCGUCAAUUGUGGAAAGAUAUGUUGCUGAAGAAUGUAUUGAGUUUGCCUCACAGUACGUUGAGUCAUUGAAACCAGUUGGGCUUCCUUCAUCUCGUCAUGACCAACCAAAAGUAGGGAAGGGCACACGUGGAUACAAUGUUGUGACAAUGACUAGACAUGAUGUGUCACAAGCUCAUUUGUAUAUAUUAAACAACACACCAGAGGUGUUACCUUACAUAGAGGCUCACAAAAAACAUGUUAGAGAAACUCACCCCAAAAUGAACAUGAUGAGGGUGUUGCAAGAGCAUAAUAAAACUUUCAUAAAUUGGUUUAGACAAACAAUAUUUGCUGAUAAUAGUGUUUCCAAAAGACUAACAUUGUUAGCCAUUGUCCCAAAUCUAAAUGUCCCUACUUGGAAGGGAUAUGACAUUAACAAUUACUCCUUCUACACAAAGUCACAAGAUGAUAAAAGUUCCGUACAAAACAGUGGGGUCAGUGUUGAUGCCAAUUCCGAUCACUUCUGCAGUACAUCGGACAACAACCCCAUUCGAGCAUCUAUGUGUUACUAUGGCGUCAUUCAAGAAAUUUGGGAGGUUGUUUACACUACAUUUAGAUUGCCUGUUUUUAAGUGCCAGUGGGUCAAUGGGACAACGGGUGUGCAUCAAGAUCCAUUGGGAUUUACUUUGGUUGACCUUAGUAAGGUGGUAUAUAUGGAGGAACCUUUCAUUAUGGCAGAACAAGCCAGACAAGUUUUCUACGUCGACGAUCCAUGUAAUUCAAGUUUGAUCAUGGCCACACCUCUGAGGUCUCCUCCCCAGUCUGAUGGUCAAUCAGAGGCCACUUCGAAGCGGAGUAGAACAAUGACACGGCUUAGAAGAUUGACAUUAAGAACCAUGGAUCAGCCCAGACCGGCAAUUUAUGUCGAUCCCGCUACCGGGAGAGCAUCGGGACCUAUGCGUGAAAAGUUCCACAGCUAUAUAGGGGUAGUUGCGCGAGAAAAGGUUCCCAUUAUCCACAACAAUUGGAAAGAUGUACCUGAAACGCUCAAGGAGAUAGUGUGGAAUGACAUAUUGUUUGAUAUCCCAGAAGCCGCAAAGGAGAAGACGAAGGUUAUGCCUACGGUUGCGACGAGAUGGCGACAAUUUAAGUCCACAUUGACUAGCAAAUUUGUCUUUGGUAACACUAAAGGGCAACAAACGCAGGAUGUUGUUACAAAAUAUGGACUAGAUCCCGAAGCUUGGAAACAAUUUGAAGCGACCCGAGUGACACCUAACUGGGAGACGAUACUGGCUGAGUUAAUAGGUCCUGUAUGA